AUGGUGGAUUCCGAAGGCAACUUCGUGCCUGCCUGUUCAAAGUGUGGAAUCGAAUUUCGGUCCGUCGAAAAGGAUAAGCAAAGAGCUCAUUUUCGCUCUGAUUGGCAUCGAUAUAAUGUCAAGCGAAGCAUAGAGCAUGCGAACCUCCCAGCUGUUUCAGAACAGCAGUUCCAAGAUAUGCUAGAAGAUCUAACCGACAGUAUAUCUGGAUCCGAUGCCGAUGACUCUGCUUCUGAAGGAGAAUUGGAUGCACCUGCGGAAGACAGUGUCGAUUUAUUGGUGUCCAAGGAAAAGCAUCGAUUGGCAGCUCUGGAGCGAGCAAAAUUGGCAGUAGAAAGUCAGAAGAAGGUGUCUUUGCACAAUAACUCGCCACUGUCAUGGUACACUGCCUCGCCACUGCUACCUGGCAAUGUCCAUUUAGGUGUAUAUAACAGCGCAAGACGAAACAUUCAAGCUCCAUUGGAGCACGAUCAGUUGCUGGGAAAUCAUACAAGGAUGUGGACAAUGAUCAUGGUGGGAGGUGGACAUUUUGCUGCUGCCGUCAUCGAUGUUGGAAAGAGCCGAGCACAAGAAAGUAACUCCAGCAGAGCGACUUCCGUCAUCGCUCACAAAACUUUCCAUCGAUAUACCACACGUAGAAAACAGGGUGGAGCGCAGUCGGCAAACGAUAACGCCAAUGGAACGGCCAGUUCUGCAGGAUCUCAAAUUAGACGAUACAACGAGGUGGCACUCAAGCAGGAGAUCCGAGAAUUGUUAUCUCAAUGGCGUAAAUACCUCCAGGAAAGUGAUACCAUCUUUGUUCACGCUCCUAGCGCCAACAAAAAGAUUAUUUAUGGCUAUGAAGACGCCCCCCUUGACGUGAACGACAAACGCAUACAAUCGUUCCCAUUUACGACUCAUCGUCCAACUCUGAACGAAAUUAAGCGAGCGUUCUUCGAGUUGACGGAUCUUAAAGUAGUUGAAUUCGAUGAAACAACGUUACGACAACAUGAACAACAACUUGCACGAGCGGAAGAAGCCAAAAAAAUAGCUUUGACCAAGUUGGAACAGCUGAGCUUAUCAACACCAACAGAACCAGAGGCUGACACUGAGCAAGCUAAGCCGGACGCUGAUGUCGAAAAGGCCGUUUUGUUGACAAAACAGGGCAAAGUACAAGUCCUUGAAUCAUUUAUUGAACGUUGCCGUCAACAAGGUAAAGAAUUACCGCUGAGCGGCCCACUGCCAGCAAACACCAAAAUAGAAGACAGUCGACGCCUGGCUACGUUACUGCAUGUCGCCAGUUCUCAUGGUCAAGCUGAAGUUGCGAAUUUUUUACUUCGGGAAUGUGGGGCAGAUCCGACGGUCAUGAACGAGGCAGGCAAGGUACCGUACGAUUUAUGCAAAGACAAAUUGGUGCGCAACGCUUUCCGGCGAUGCAUGUGUGAUAUGCCUGAAAAAUGGGACUGGCUACAAGCCGCCAAAGUGCCUAGCCCACUGACUGCAGAAAUGGAGAGACAGCAAUUGGAGAAGGAAGAGCUGCGUCAGCGAAAGGAACAAGAGGCUCGUCAAAAAAUCGAAGAGCAACGUCGUCAAAGGGAAGAGCGCAAGCUGGCAUCGGAGUCUGCUCAAGAUACACCAGCCAAGCCGUCCAGUAAAUCGGCUGGUCCACUUCAAGCCCUGUAUGGUGGUACGGCGAUGAACACGGCUAGCAUGUCACCUGAAGCCAGGAAGCGAUUGGAACGCGAAUUACGACUUCGUGCCGCAGAGGCAAGGCGGGCGUAG